AUGCAAAAUGCUCUGGGUUACUACACUCAUGUAGCUUCAUUUAAUGAAGGACAUCAUGAACAUAAUAAUAUUACAUUGCGUCCGUCUAUAACUGAUACGCACAACAACCCAUCAAAAACCAAUGACUUUGAACCAUUACGUCGCCACAGUCAACAAACUAUGACUUCUUCAAUAUCGCCACCUAAUUCUACAAACACAUCGUCAAGCAGUCUAGGGGAGGUAAGACAAGCAGAAAGAUGCCACAGUCAAGUACCAACUGUGCUCGAUACCAUCAAAAGUUUGAGCAUCAGUAGCAAAACAGAUGCAGGCCGAAACUAUCAUUUCAACAGAUUAAAAGAGCUGAUGGAAACCUUUGAUGAAAAUCAACAGACGAACACCACAAAAUUUGGGUAUAAUGCUAAUGUUGAUACUGAAGCAACAGUGUCUUUAUCAUCUCCACCUUUUUCCUCCUUCGCUAAUUCCAGGUCACAUCAAAAAAGUAGACUACGACCAACAAAUGCCGCGCCAUUAAAACGCUACGAUUCUUCUAAAAUUGUCCGUUAUACGUUAACAGACAAAGCAUUAUCGCCCAAUUCGAGCACUUCUUCCAACUACCAUCAACGGCUCAAUGCAUAUGAUGAAGGUGACAACCUUACAAAUACUGAUUUGACUUCUCCAACGACUAGUAAAUCCACUUUUGAAAAUCAUAUUAGUCAACUACCGUUGUCUCCGCCACGCCCAAUUUUCGACCCUACCGCCACUACUACUUUACCACCCGAAUCGUCGCCAUGGUUAACAAAUAAUUCUUAUUAUGAGGCAGAUAUUCAAAAUAUACAUAGUUCACCUAUACAUGGUAACAACGAUAAGAAAGAUUUUAGCAUAGCCAUCAAUGCCAAUCACUAUAGCAACGAUUUCAACUCAGACAUGAUGAAUAUUAGCAUAAAUGAAACAGAGAGCGGAAACAGCUUCAAAGAGUACGACAGAGUUGGAUCAAAAAACUCAAGCGGCACUGCUACAACAGUUACUGACAAUAGCCAUUAUAGUAGCAUGUAUAAUCGUUAUGCAAAUCAAGUGUGUGAACAAUAUAAUCGAAAUUUAUUCGAAUCUCUUCGGAAUAAUAAGUGCCAUCCUUUAUCUUUAUGUUCGCCAGUCCUACCUUUACAGCCUUCGUCUCCUGCUAUGGCUGCUGCUGCUCCUCUAUCACCCAACACUUCGUUCAGCAAUGACAAGCAAAAAAAUGACCCUUUGCUAUACAUAACUACAUCUUCUCCGCCUCCCGAAUCUGUCUUUGGUGACAAGAUAAAGUAUAAAGAAAAAUAUGAGAUGGUUUGGAGACCCUACUUCACCUAUAUCACUACUUUAAUUAUGCUUGCAUAUUUCAUCGGUCUUUUAGCUAUGAGCUAUAGAUUGACAGGUAGAGCCAUUCAACUAUCACCCUUUAAUGUAAUGAUCGGACCGUCUGCGCAGACCUUAGUGUACACUGGGGCAAGGUACCUGCCCUGUAUUCGUCCAUCCUCUUUAUAUCCUGCCACUGACCAUAUCUAUCAAUGUCCCUAUACCAAAGCCAUUCAACCUACUACAAAACCUUUAUUUAAUGACCAAAACAUUCACUUUCCAUUCUAUUUUACAAAUAAUAUGUUCUUCCACGAAAGCUCUUCGGAAACAGACUCUACAAACAAUGUACUGUGUCAAUUACAAGAUGUCUGCGGUGGUUCUCAUUUUUUCAACGCUGAAAGGCCAGACCAAGGCUAUCGCUUUAUUAGUGCGCUCUUCAUGCAUUCAGGCAUUAUACAAUUCGGGCUGAAUGUUGCUGUACAUUUGAAAUUUGGUGGAGAAAUUGAAAAGCGUAUACAUCCAAUUCGGUAUGGCAUCCUAUGGUUAGUUUCGGGAGUCUUUGGUUAUUUAUUUAGUGCUUUAUUCGUGCCCGAGAAUAACGUAACUGCCGGGUGCUCAGUAGCUUUGAUGGGCGUAGUUGCGUUUCUUUUUAUCGAUUUGAUUCGAAAUUGGAAAUGUGUUGCUCAACCAGUAAAGAUUCUGCUAUACAUCUUAGCUUUUUUCAUAACUGCUUUGAUUAUAGGUUUGUUACCAGGUUAUGAUAACUUUGCUCAUCUUGGAGGUUUUAUAGGUGGUAUUAUUGUAACUUUGAUUAUCUUACCAACUGCUCGCUUGCCAGGUACUGCAUCCAAAAAAUACGAAUACAGAGAAUACACUAUACAAAUUUGGUUGUUGCGUAUGCUAGCUGUUGCCUUCCUUGCUAUAUUGAUUUGGAUCUUCACGUAUUGGAUCGUCGAAAAUGGAAACAGAAAGCCUUGCUACCUUUGUCAAUUUUUUGCUUGCUUGCCUAUUUCAGAUUUAUGUAGUCCGUAUUAUACCCAAAAAAUGCUAGCUUGA